UGGGUUCUGUUGUGUGAAGAAAACAAAACCAACCACGACGACUGCUGUGACUGUCCAUGUGUUAAAGCUAUAAAGACGUGCUAUGUGUUUCAUCGUCAGUUAUUGAGAGAUCGUUGCUGACAUACGAUCUAUAUAGUCAUUAUGUAUGUAUUUAUUUAUCAACAUCUUACCUGACCAAACAUCUAUUGAAUGGAAAGUUUCAACAUUAUUAGUGGAUCAUAUCAACUCAACUAUAUAUAUUAGUAAAAUCACUAAUCAUAAAACAGUGCGUGAAAGUUGGAUCAAUUCUACGGUAGAUCUAAUUCUCAAAUAAUAAGAAUGGUGGGAAACCGUGAUGUUUAUUUAUUCAGUCUAGCCUAGAAACAGGAGUAAAAUUAGACGUCUCAUAUUGAGUUGUUUCGUUUUAAUGUGUCGUGUUCUGGGAGUAUACUUUGAAGUUAUUUACGGUCAUUGGAAACUAAUGUUUUAAAUCUUACUUUAGACCGUACAUGGGUUGCAACGUGUUAGUGAACUUGAACAGGUCUGAUAAAUGACAACUUUACAUGGUUAAGAAGCGUUAAUCUAACUGAAGCUUGAAACUUUUGGAUAAUUUUAGACCCUAUUCAACGAUUAAUUACAUUUACAUCUUGUUUAUCAACUUUAUGAUGCUGUAAACAUGUCAGGAUCUCGCCGCAUGAUGUCAUAUAUUAAUUAUAUGUAAGCUACAGUGUUUGAGGGAAUCACAGGAUCUUGAUGCUGACUUCGAAAAGACUUCAAGUAGUUUUAAUUAGGAGAGAUUCAUUGGUAUGUGUAUAGCGUGGCCUGUUUAAAUAUUAUUUGAUCGAAGAAUGUGUUGCUUAACAUUAGUAAAUGCCACACCUCCAGUGUGACGCUAUUCAAGAAAAGCAAUAUGUUAACAUUUAAGGAACAGAAACCCACAGAAAAAUCAUGUCGACUCUACCACCUCACGGUGUCACAACUAUGAGCAACUCUAAUUUCAUAUCCGUUAUCCCCAAGGAUUCUAUAGGCUUAUCGCACACCCACCGAAGAUCGCAGCAAGAACCUCACAAUACCACCAUGCAUUCCGGUGGGCCGGUGAACCUUACUUUACCAAGAGAAAUGACAUUUAAUGAUGAUAAUUUGGUGUCGGUGAUAGCGUAUUCGUGUUUGUUUUUGAUAGCAGCUACUGGGAAUUUGACAGUAUUCAUAACAUUGUUUCGAAGUAGAGGGUUCAAAUCUAGAGUAAAUAGCUUUAUCAUGCAUUUAUCAGUGGCCGAUUUGAUAGUUGCCUUCGUUAUGCUUCCGAUGGAAACUGCUUGGCAUAUAACUGUGUCCUGGAAAGCCGGAGACUUUGCAUGUCGUUUGAUGAUGUUCUUCAGAGCAUUCGGAUUCUAUUUGUCAUCAUUCACUUUAGUCACAAUUAGUUUAGACCGAUACUUUUCUAUUGUACAUCCAAUGAGUUUACACGAUGCUGAAAGGCGUGGGAAAAUAAUGCUGACCGUUGCGUGGACUUUAAGUGUUGUUGCCAGUCUUCCCCAGAGUGUAAUAUUCCACGUAGAGCAACAUCCAGUGUUUACAUGGUUUGAACAAUGUGUUACUUUCAACUUUUUUCCGUCCCAAAGUCACGAGUUGGCCUACAAUUUAUUUAACGUUAUAACAGUGUAUGUGAUGCCAUUAGUAGUGAUAACAACGUCAUAUUGUCUAAUUUUGUGUAAAAUAUACAGAAACUCAACUAUGGUAAAAGGGGAGAGACAUAUUCCAGUAUUAAGAGGUUCCCGAGGAAGUCGUGGUACAAUACGAUGUUCAUCGGCUGGAAAGAUUGGGAAAGCAAAAAUAAGAACACUUAAAAUGACGUUAGUGAUAGUUAGUGUAUUUAUAUUAUGUUGGACGCCUUAUUUUUUUAUGGCUGCAUUAUGGUGGUUUGAUAGAGACGCAGCCUCUAAAGUAGAUCCUAAAGUACAACGAGGUUUAUUUUUGUUUGCUGUAUCUAAUGCGUGUAUGGACCCUAUAGUCUAUGGCAUGUUUACGGCAACGUUUCGUCGAGAAGCAAAAAAAUGGAGUGCCUAUGUUAUGUGGAAGCUGAGUAAAAUUCAUUCAGCGAAUAAUCCCCGAAGACGAGAUCAAGAUUGCUAUAUCUGAGAUUAAAUCAGGGUUCGGUUGAUGUUGCAAUACAAGAGAUAAAUUGAGGGAAAAAUUGAAAAGCGUCUGGAUAUCCAGCUGGUGUAUUUCUAGCUAAGCGAGUUAUUGCAAAUUUAUAGAAGAUGGACCAACAUCUUAACUCUUAAUUAUGGUGCCAUUUUGACAAAUACAACCUUGCCGUUAGAUUCAUAAAGAGUAAGUGUCUGGUUCAAGCUGUCUCAUUUGAACUCCUAAUUACUAGCUAGUCUAAUAUUUUGUCUACUUCUCGUUUCGGAAAUGUAAUUCUUUGCGGAAAAUUAAAGAAGGAAAUGUGUCAACAACAGCUUUCUAAAAUAUUGAACUGCCAGUUUGUAAGAUUAAAGGGGAUAGUCCAGAUCUUUCCAUAUCGACAAACGAUAGAUAAUGAUGGAAGCGACUAGGACUAAAUAUUAGAAGAAAAAUACAGGUGGUACAGUUCAAGCGAUAUCCCUGACCUAAAUAAUGCCCUGGCCAUAUUUUCGAACAGUGUUUAAAUUAAUCUGUGAUUAGGACUAAUCAGCAACUAGCUAGUUAGAGGUUAGUGGUUUAUUAAGUUCUCAAAAGUCAGAUUAGCUAAUCUUUGACCAGAUAGAAACUCUCUUAAUCAGCGAUUAAAAUUCAUUUUAAAACUUUGAUUAUGAAUAAAACAUCAUUGAUAUAAUUUAAUCAGUGAUUAAAUAUGUUUUUAUCAUUGCUAAAAGGGGCCCAAUUACAGGAACAACUAGAUUAGAAAAUCAAGUUUCUGAACAUCGUCCUCUCGGGCGUCCGCAAAGUAAUGGGGGUGCUGGGAAGAACGAGGGUGCAGUGGAAAAGAAAGCCAAGUAAAUAGGGUAUGGAUUUAUUUAGUACAUGUAUUCGAACAAUGAAUUUAUGUAGCUGAUAUCAAAGUCACACUUGCGACAUUCAACCCUGUUCUUCAAAUACAAUAGAAAAUAAAAGAGAGAGCGAGAGAUAAGUGGGCUUUAAUUCCACUUGACACAAACUAGGUCAUUUCGGGACUAACGUAUGGUUUAAUUCCAUUUCAAUAAUUCGCUCUCGCAAAAGGGUCUUCAUCAAUGAAAGGUAACCCGAGGUCCCAAUGAAAAUCCACUAGGUCGGAUGGGCCACCCUACUCCUUACACCGUACGACAGACCUUGUGAUCUAAAACGCACCCAUUACGUGGUUUCCCCUUGUCAGUUAUGCAGGACGGAGGGUCUGACAAGGACAGCUGUCUGGUCGUUCGGAUGGGACGAAAACCGAGGUCCCGUGUACACAUUGGCGUGCACGUAAAAGAUCCCCUGGCAGUUGGAAUUCGAUAUAAGAGUAGGCCGUGGUGCCGCUGCCUGGGCAAAAUUUCCCUCAUAGCACACUGUAUGGCGUAUGCCCGUCUGCAUUAGCCCAGUUUAGGAGCAAAACAGUAGGACGUUAAACCCCAUUUCAUUUCAUUUCCUCCCGCAAUUGAAACGCAGGAAUAAUAUCAAUUUUACAUCAGGCUCGGAAACUGUGGGGUAUGCCCUGUCUUUUCUAAUGACAAUUUCUUCUAAUGGAGGGAGAGGGAGCUACAAUGAAAACGUCUGUCAGAUUAAGAUCUGUUUUGCCAAUUUUAUAUAAACUUUUAAUAUUCUUUAUUUAUUUAUCCGGUUUAUUAUUAUAAUUUUACAUAUUAUAGAGAAGAAUUAUAAUAGCUUAUAAAUCUUUUAAAACAAAAUUUACAGUGAUCUGAAUUUGUUGCUAUCAAAGCACAACAUAUAUGAAAUAUGUCUGAAAUCAAUGAAAAAUAAUAAUUUCUGUAAAAUUCAAUUCAUCGUAAUGGUAUAUCCAUUCACUUAAUCCUUCCUUAAACUACCCCCCCCCCCCGAAAUUACUAAUUAUUGGAGUGAUUUAGUCAAAGAUUAAGUAUAGGUCAACGUUCCAGAAUAUCUCAUGGUAUUCUCGAACAAUGAUUAGGUUAAUCGCGGAGUUUAUAAAAAGAAUUCGACUGUUGAAAAAAUCAGAGAUUAGCACUAAUCCACUUUCGUAAAUAUGAGCCUAAAAAGAACUUUUAAUAUGGCGCCCAGGCUGAAAAAUAGCAGUGACGUCAUGAACAAAACUUUAAUGAAAUACGGCGCUUGACCGGGAAGUAUUUUAGAUGUUAAUUCGGUCAUUUGUCAUCGACAUCUAUCUAUUGUUAGAAAAUAGAAUAACGUGGGCCAUGGCUGUUAAUUCAAAGUCUGAUGAAAUGCUGUUCAAAUUUUUCAUUCCUCGGGACCAAUGAAUCCAUAGUGACAAUAACACGUUCAUAGAUAUCAUUAUUGAAAACAUGUAUCACCAUUACACUGUUUUUGUUAUUUCUCGUAGUACUAGUUUGAAUUUAUAUCUGUGAUAAAUGAUUGAAAAAUCGGGGAGAUAAACAAAAUCCCUUAGGACAUAUCAGAGUAAAUGAUGAUGUUAAAUCCAUUUUAUUUUUUAAAAAAAUUACUGUUCUGUCGAGAAAGUGUUAUAAAAUGAUAUCCAAUCUAAUUUAUCGCAAAUCAUGGAAGUUCUAAAUAAGACUGUGUCUAUAUUCAGAAUCUCUAAAGAGACCCCGAGUUAAAUUUUAAUUCACAGAAUAAAAUAAUAACAGUUAAAACAGUAGCUAUGUGUUAAUGUUUGCAAUAGGACCAAUUAUCAUUUAUCAUUAUAACUGACAUAUAAAUAUCAUUUGUUAUCAUAUUUCAUAAUAAUAUGUUAUCAUAUUUCAUAAUAAUAUGUUAUCAUAUUUCACAUGUUAUCAUAAUUUGUAUAAUGGAUCAAUGUGAAAUCUAACCAAAUCCGUCAUAUAAUACUCAGUGAUUUUCAUUAUGCUUGGUUCCCACUGUCGUGCGAUGCGUUAGGAUACGAUUGUCCCUAUAGAGUCCACGAACUGGUACGUGCAGAUGUGUUCGGAUAUGUUUCGAUGAGACCAACGCGAUUGGUACGACUAACCUCAAUAAUAAGACCCGAUAGGAUCACUACGAUUACUACAUUAUUAAAACCACAAUUUCAAUCGUAGAGCGAAUCGUGAUCGUGGGAACCUAGCAUUUAAUGUAUGUAGCCAUUCUUGCCAAAACGAAAAUAUUACCAUUAUUGUCAUUCUGGAAAAAAACCAAAAACAAAAUCAAAUGUGUAUGGUAACCGACAUCGAUCCACGGUUCGUGAAACGAGUGGAUUUCCGCAAAAUGCAUUAUAGGCCCCUCCAUAGAUACGCAUUAUGUGUUCUAUGUAUAUGUAGUUGUAUAUUCUAGCAGGGGACUAUUUAAUUUACCAAAUAUAGUAUUACGGGAACAAUGGUGAUAUGGUCCCCUGAAAUUAAUCAUCAUAUCAUUUUCAACUUAAAUUGAAAAUUUGUGAGAAGUUAUGCGUAUUUGAAGUUUUCAUAAAAUGUAGCGUUCAUUGUUUACUAUCGUAGCAAUAUGGCACUAAUUUGAAAUGGCGGCGCUGUUCUAGUCAUGUUUAUAAAUGUUUAUUUAAUAACUUGUACAACGGUUGAAGGCAGAAUAAAAAUCUGCAAUAAGCAGAUUAAACUCAUAUAAUACAUCUUUAAGUACUGCUGUAGAUUACCCUUAUAAUCGGCAAUGAAAUUUGGUUUUUCAGAUUAUUUUAGUUUGUUACAUGCAUACUGUGUUACUAUAAAUAAUAUAUGUAAAUACUUUAACUAGUUAAACUUUGGCAAGUUAAACUGAUUUAGGUCAAAAUAAAGUAUUGAAUUGUG